AAAAGGUUAAAUUGUGUGUCUGUAGCGUGAGUCACUGUUAUAGCCAAUACAAUCUAUUUGACAAACUCGGAUCUCGUCGAGCCUGCACUUUGAAAGGCAACCUGCCCUCUUUCCGGUGAUGCGCUCGGUAACUCUCGGUAGUUUCACGCAGCUCGGAGCAGCUCGCGGCUGCACGCGCGCCUCGCGCUUCCGUCGGCGGAUUAUAGACGGACGUUUUCAAGAGGCUGGAAUCGCUUUCUGAGACGUUGUGCUCCUCUUUUUUGUUUUUUUCCUCUCUUUCUGAUUUUUUUUUUUUUUGUUGAACCAUGGGGACAGAAACUGACAUACCGGCUCCGGUAGAAUCGGUUGGAGGAGCCGCUCAUUGACAGCUGCAGGUGAAACGUGACGGACAGGUAACCCGCAAGUGGAAAUAAACCAACGACCCGGAGAAAAAUGAUGACAGAAGAUAUGCUGUAACGCGGAGGUGUGUGCUCAUUUCGGACUUUACCCGCCCCGUGGCUGAAGUAUGGGGCCGUGAUAGCCGGUAGACCGGAGACCGGAGGUUUCGUGUCUGGCUGCGUCCGCGCUCCGUCCCCUCCGGUGGACACAACCGAAGAGACUGGAGACACGGACGGAGACGGGGCUGUGUUUGUUUCGGCGGAGACAUGGCAGCGGCCAUCGCCAGCGGGUUGAUCCGACAGAAGCGGCAGGCGAGGGAGCAGCACCAGCACCGGCCGACCCCCCACCGGCGGCGGAAGAGCCCCGGUAAGAAGCAGGGGCUGUGCAACGGGAACCUGGUGGACAUCUUCUCCAAAGUCCGGAUAUUUGGCCUGAAGAAGAGGAGGCUACGGAGACAAGAACCACAGCUGAAGGGCAUAGUGACCAGGUUGUUCUGCAGGCAGGGCUUCUAUCUCCAGAUGGGCCAAGAUGGAAGCAUGGACGGGACCAAAGACGACAGCACCAACUCCUCUCUGUUUAACUUAAUUCCCGUGGGUCUGAGAGUCGUGGCCAUCCAAUCAGUCAAGACCGGCCUCUACAUCGCCAUGAACGGAGAGGGUCACCUCUACUCGUCGGAACUGUUUACAGCGGAGUGUAAGUUCAAGGAGUCUGUGUUUGAGAACUACUACGUGAUCUACAGCUCGAUGCUCUACAGGCAGAAGGAGUCGGGGCGGGCCUGGUUUCUGGGCCUCAAUAAAGAGGGACAAGCCAUGAAGGGCAACAGGGUCAAAAAGACCAAACCAGCUGCACACUUCUUGCCUAAACCCAUAGAAGUUGCGAUGUACCGAGAGCCUUCGUUGCACGACGUAGGGGAGGCGGUGCCUAAACUCGCCGGGGGCCCGCCUUCCAAAAGCACAACCAGCGAACCUGUGGUCAUGAAUGGCGGCAAACCGGUCAACAAACCCGACAAGGAGGCGACAUAACCUUGCCCACCCCCCGCCCUCCUCCCUAUGCCCUAUUUACCCUUCCCUAGCCAACCAGAGGCCGGGAAAAGCCAGAGCCCCGCCCUACUGCUGCGCGGUCAAAAGGACUAAACUGCAACAAAAGGUAACCAAACAAACAGCAGCUCAACUUCUGACUGGUCAGCAGUGGGGCCCCAGGUCCCGCCCCACCUGGCUCCCUAUUGGACGGAUCUGGUGUGGUGGGGGUGAGCCGGGAAGGACAGGGCAGCCGCGGUCGGCGGCGGCGGAGGGUGUGGGGGGGGAGCGGAGGACGAAGACGCCAAAGUCGGGGCGAAGCCCGCCAGACACUUUGGAAGUGGGACAGUGGCCCCCAAGGAACAAAAGGACUCUUUACAGAUACAAACAAACAAAAAAGAUGGGGAGAAAAUAGAAAAACGUCGUCUUCACCUGUGUUUUUCUGUGACAAUACUGUAAGAAUUGGGGCCCCCUCUUUCCUCUCCUGAUAGUACCGUUUUCUGUUGCAAGGUAUGCUUGCUCGCUGGUGGCUACACACACACACACACACACACACACACACAGCUCCCACCUAAAAUCGACCAGUUGGAUUCGAUCUCUGAGUAAAUAAUGAAUAGAUUAAAAAACAAACAUCAGGCAAAGAGAAUUGCUUUAAAUACCAAACACCGAUGAUUCAGCGGCUGCUUACUCAUCGAUCAAUUAAGCACAGGACAUUCUGUGCUCAGCUAACAACAAAAUAUACUUGGAAUUGGCCCGGUGCGUUACAUGCAUUGCAAACACGUGGUAUUGCCUGUCCCCUAAUUUGCAUCACGUACUAUGUAGCUGUUUGUCUAUUUGACAUCACCUGGCUUGAUGAAGCACGCUUGUCCCUUCGUUUUGCCUUGUCACCCCGCACACGCACUAGUGACCGCCGUUACUUACUCCGUCGCUACUGUUUCCACACGCCACUGACACGAGUGUAGCUCGAGCGAGAGAGAGCGAGGCGCAUCGCAUGACGCAGCCGAAGCUGAAGUCUGUAGCGACUCGGAGUGCAAAGGAGCAGCACGGUAGCAGGCAGUGUUUACACCGAGUAGCAGAAGUAGAGCUUUUUCUUUCUGUUGCUUUCCCAAGUGCUUGAAGUUAAAGGUAGUGAACAGGGUAAGUGACGUUGAAGCCACCAUGUCUAGGAUUACCACGACGGCCAACUUCAAAAGCCUUUCAAUCUGCAAAGUCACUUCUAACUGUAGAUGUCAAACGGAUGAGGGGGAGUAUUUAACGUUCAUGUCAACAAGAAAUGUAGUGUAAAGUAGCGUAAAGUGAAGUACAAGUACCUCAUAAUUGUAGCACAGUUCGUGAGUCAGUACACAACGUGUUCCUACUUUCCCCCAGUGGGCGCACAUCCAAUCUGAUCACGUGCGGAUUUAUUGCAGAGUAAAAAACUGAGAGUACGUGAUUAAAUCUGCCUUUACAGUGGCCUAAAAAAAGGCAGGCGGCGGUCACUAAAAAAGUAUUUGAAAUGUGGUAAAAACCAGCAGCACACGGCGACUGCGCUGUCUCGACAUGAAAUGAAAAACCAAAUAUAUUCCCACGCUUUGCCCUCUCACUGUGACAGUCAACACGGCACCAAUCUGUUCUGGACCCGAAUCCUGUUCAACACCGGGGCCUUCUGUUUAUUUAGUCUUAUUAGACGGCGAGGACAGAAAGUGUCACCUGUAGUCCGUCCCGUUGCCGAGGAGACGACUGUGUUCCCUCACACACUGAGCACAGGCCGCGCCUGCACUCUCGCUUCGAAUCCCAAUUUUCGGGGGGGAGGCCAUUUAACUCACACCCAAUGGAACGCCGUCCCGUGAGUGACCUCCGCCGACGUUUCCCACGGCACGGCCGCCACGAGGCCGCCACGACUGAUCCGCACGCCGCCGCGGAAGAGACUGUGAAAGUACGAGACAGCUCGCAGUGUUUCUAAUUGGCGCGUCCCCCUCCCUUGAGCUCGUUAGCACCUCGUCAUGCUUUAACGCGGUUCAGCGGGCUCGUCUUCAAUUUCCGAUUACGAAAAGGAAAAUGCAAUUUAUGAAAGCCAGAAUGUAAAUGAAUAUAUGUGAGUUUAGCAAGUUUCUGUGUGAUCUUGAUGCUAAAAAAAAAGAAGAAAAAAACCCUGCAAGUGUACGUGAAAUGUAUUGCUGCUGUCAUCAGAAAGUGUUUUUCUUUUGUUUUGGGGCUGGAUACCACUGUAGAUUGUCGCUGUGCCCCCCCAAGCCAAGCUCCAGAUGCAGGAUCCGGGGCCUUCCCGGGUCCCAGCAGGGGGUCGAGCCCACAUCGAGCUCGCUCGGAGGCUCCACUUCAGCUCCGUCCUGUCUAAUUUUACUUGAAGACCAUAGUGGGGUGAUGGUGAUGAGGUGUUGUGCUUGUCUCACGUCAAAGAAAUGUGGAUGUAACAUAAUUAUCGUCGUGUCAACACUCGGGGUUACUAGCAAAAUGUCAACGAAAAAAAUAGAAAAACGAAACCCCGGUAAUCAGGUCUGUAAAGCGUCUCUUCUUUCGUUUUAUAAUGUACCCCGUGUUGUCUCGGCUGUCACUUUGAUUACACGUAGCGUGCGAUGUCGUCUCGUGCUCGUCUGAGCCAACGCGAGGAGGCGCGCGGCUCUCCACUCAAUGACCGCCGAGCGGCUCAUUUGUCUCCAGCGCCCGAACAGAGGGAACGGCGCUCCCUCUGUUCGCCGCGGCCCGGCUCGUUAGGCUCCAAGUGGGGUUGGCAUCCUGCGAAAAAGCAGCCAUUGAGGAUCUGUGGCACACGCUCAAGAAAUAAUGAUGGCUGAGGCCAGAUACAAAAAAAUAAAUACAUUAAAAAAAAGAAAGACUGAUUUCCUGGCUGCCGACCAAAAGUCUCUCUGCCGCAGUAGUGUCCCCGAGCUUAAAAUCACAGCUCCCGGAUCAAACAAGCAAGGCGCAAUUACUGUCCGCGUGUCCCGGGAGACAUUUCUCUCCGCUGGUGGUUGGCCAGGCACCGAAAACUACAAUUACGAUUAUCUAACGGCGGGCUGCGCGCUGCAAGAGGGCAGCUGAUUUAAUUAGGAAGGGAGCAGCGGCGACAAACCCCGGGUCACUUUCCAUUUCCACGUGCAGGCGCCACUCGUGUCCCCCGGGGCAGGGACACGUGGAGCCGUCUUACUCUGUAGCCCGGGCUCCCAAGUGGUCGCGCCGGGCGCAAAAAGGCCGCAGUGCCGGUGCACUUUAAAGUGUGUAAUGGGUUAGCCAGCGCUGUUAUUUCGCUGCUCUCGCUCAGGUUUUCUUUGCCAUUUUUUUUCUUCUACUUCUUCUUCUUCUUCUUCUGUUAAAAUUCCACUUUAUUCCUCCGACAAAAGACUGCCUUAUUACAUCUGAGUCUAAAGCGAUGCGGUAAACGCACUCCCUCCCCAGGUUAUUUCUUUUCCGAACACUCUCAUCCCACGCACACACACACACACACACACACGCAUGCACACACACUCUAUCCUUUUUUUCAACGUUUCAAUUAUCCUUUGAUCCCCAAUGUUCUGUUCACUAUAACUGCGCUAGCUUUCACUCUCAUUUUGUAAUCAUGCAGCCAGAGACCUCGUUCCCACCUCCUCUUUUCUCCUCUGCCUCUCUCUCUGUUAGGACUGUUUCCCACCUGUUGCAUGUUUCUUUUCUUUCAAAAGAGAAAAGAUGACUGGGGCUACUGCAUGUGGUAAUUUAGGAAAUAUGUUAUCAUAAACAAGACAAACAUUUACAGCGUAGCACCAGGGGAUCUUUGCGCAUGGCUCAUUCCUGCCACCGGUUUGCACUGGUUGAUCUUUGGGUCGUUGAUACAUUAGAAUGGCAAACGUUGGCGUCCCUGUCGCAUAACUUGUGCAACAUAUGGCGUUUGAAGCAUAAUCCAUCAUUGCCAUAAUGAAGCAAAGGAAGAAUUAAUCAAAAUGACUUCAUAUCACUAACACAGUUACACUAAUGCAUGUCUUGCGUGGGAGAUUUUCAGCAGAGCAUCAAUAUUUAAUUCUGUCUGAGAGCAGGAAAAUUAUAACACAAAAAAACAGGAGGAAGUAAUUGUUUGAUAUUCUUAUGCUGCUUCUUUAGACAAUGAUGGAUUGAGCUCGGGAAAGUUAUUCUCGGUACUCAUAGAGGGUGAUGAGCAGCCUAGAGGACCAUGAUACACGUCUUUGAACCUACAAGCCCACAAGAGGGUCGACCUACCCGACACCUGCUAUAUAUGCUAUAUAGACGUACGUAAAAACAUGGAAAUGACCGACAGAUCAUUUGCAUCGAAGGCAAAGAAAUGUGUUCCUUUAACUGAUUUCAGGAUGAGUGACUAAAUGAGUUGUAUCCUUGAUACGUAGUCACAGGGGUAAUGGAGGCGUGUGCACAAGCUCAACCCGCUCAGCGAGACCGGGAUUAAGCAUCCGAUGAAGUCUGGAGAUUUACAGCAACCUGCCGUGUCUUUCUGAUGUGAACCGUGCCGGCGAUGGGCCAAAAGCAAAGUGUCACUGGUGCCGACCUCAAAGGAGAUUACUCUGUGCGUCAGUAAGUGUACAGUUACUUUACAUACAUAUUAUGCAAACAGUUUGUCUGCACUGUACAGUUUGUGUCCAAUUCAUUGUAUAAACACAGAAAACCAUAUUGAAUAAAGGAUUUAUAGAAAGGAA